ACUGGGGCGGGCUCCGCUCCCCUCCGCGUCCCCUCACCCCCAGGCAGACGCAACGCUGCCGUGAGGAUGCCGCAGCUGCCGGGGGCCGGGGGCGGUGGAGGGGACCCGGAGCUCUGUGCAACCGACGAGAUGAUCCCCUUCAAGGACGAGGGGGACCCCCAGAAGGAGAAGAUCUUCGCCGAGAUCAGCCACCCCGAGGAGGAGGGCGACCUGGCCGACAUCAAGUCGUCCCUCGUCAACGAGUCCGAGAUCGCCCCCGGCGCCAACGGGCACGAGGUUUCCAGACAGACUCAAGCACAGGAUUCCUACCAUGAUAAAGGCAGAGAACACCCCGAGGAAGGAAAGCAUCCAGACAGUGGCUUAUACAGCAAGGGACCAUCAUACUCUGGCUAUUCUGGGUAUAUCAUGAUGCCAAAUAUGAAUAACGACCCCUACAUGCCUAACGGAUCUCUGUCGCCACCCAUCCCCCGAACAUCAAACAAGGUGCCAGUGGUACAGCCUUCUCAUGCGGUUCACCCCCUCACCCCUCUUAUCACAUACAGCGAUGAGCACUUUUCCCCAGGGUCACACCCAUCUCACAUCCCCUCCGACGUCAGCUCCAAACAAGGCAUGUCCAGGCAUCCUCCAGCUCCUGAUCUCCCUACCUUCUAUCCCUUGUCUCCAGGGGGGGUUGGACAGAUAACACCACCUCUUGGCUGGCAAGGUCAGCCUGUAUAUCCCAUCUCGAGUGGAUUCAGGCAGCCCUAUCCAUCCUCACUCUCAGUCGACCCUUCCAUGUCCAGGUUUUCACAUCACAUGAUUCCUGGUCCUCCAGGCCCUCACACAACUGGAAUCCCUCACCCAGCUAUUGUAACACCUCAAGUAAAACAAGAGCAUCCGCACAACGACAGUGAGCUAAUGCAUGUGAAGCCUCAGCACGAACAGAGAAAAGAACAAGAGCCAAAAAGACCUCAUAUUAAGAAACCUCUGAAUGCUUUCAUGUUGUACAUGAAAGAAAUGAGAGCGAACGUCGUAGCAGAGUGUACUCUGAAAGAAAGCGCAGCUAUCAACCAGAUCCUUGGCAGAAGGUGGCAUGCCCUCUCCCGUGAAGAACAAGCAAAAUAUUAUGAACUAGCUCGUAAAGAAAGGCAGCUACACAUGCAGCUUUAUCCAGGCUGGUCUGCAAGAGACAACUAUGGGAAGAAAAAGAAGAGGAAGAGAGAAAAGUUGCAGGAAUCAGCAUCAGGUACAGGCCCCAGAAUGACAGCUGCCUACAUCUGAAGCAUGGAUCUGGCUUAGGCUAACCCCACAAACCAUGGCACAGCUGGGCAGGAAGAGGAGCAGACUGCAGUGCUGGCAUAGUAUCUGCUUGUGCCUGAAACUCUCCCCAGCUCUGCUGCUAAAGAAAAUACAAAGGGGCUUCACAAGCAUCAUGAACCUUUCAGAUAAAACAGGACCUGGUUUUGCAUACCCCAGUUCUGGAGUAUUGGACAAACCCUGGCAGUAAGUUGAACAUAGUCGCUUGGGGCUUCAAAAGCAAAGGAGAGCUUGAGCUGCCAGGUCUGAGUUUGCCUUGUUGUUGGAAGUACUGGGUUAAAAGCCAGGUUCAGAGACUGACCUUUCUAAAGUACAUGUAACUGCCAUUACAUGUUGCCUUCUCUCUUCUUACGACUGCAUGGAAAGAGCCUAUGGUGGGCAAAAGUGUCAAAGCACCCGAGUUAAAAUUGUUACUUCCCCUUGCUUUCUGUGGAGGGUGAGCUGGCACUUCUACUAUCAGCUUACUCCUGUACUGAUCCAGACACUACAGACUCUCCUCCAUCGCUUCUUCCAGUAGCAUGACCUGCAUGAAGCUCCACAAUCCUCUCCUUUGUUCCAGCAAAAUGGAGAUGAGUUAAAAACUAGAGGAAGAGCACAAAGACCCACCCUUCUUCAGUCCACUUCAUUCCCAAGUGUGGGGAAGACUUCUGAUCCCCCUCUGAGGCUCUCGGUCUCAGCCAAGCUGUAGUUUUGCUGCAGUGAUUCCUGAAAUACAAUUUUAUCACUUCAGUUGUAAGGUUUUCCUUUAUACACUGAACUACUGCUGAAUUUUAUGUCUGCUUCACUCGAGGUGGGGCUUUUUAUUUCCUUUCCUCCUGCAGUCAGAUGUACACUGCAAAUGGCACAGACAGUGCCUCCUAUUGUGGCUGGGGCUCAAGACUUCACAUAUGUAAAAUGUGACUUGCAGCACUUUCUUUGAAGCCUAACCACAGCCAGGGAGCUGUAAUUGCAGCCUUUGAUUGCGCCGACUUCACUUGUGGAUUGAGCUUUGCUAGGGCAUGCCUCGCUUGGCCAGACUUCAGCUACAGCCCCCCAGUGAAGCCUUAGAUGUGGGAAGUCUUCAGUCUCCUUAGCACAUGCCUGUGGUUUCUUGAAAAGAAUCCUGACUUGACCUGUUUUGUAUCUGUGAGGCGGCGCCAUCCUCACUCCUGGGUUUAGGUAUUAGUGUAGCAGCAGCAGGAGCAGUUUCCAGCAUGGAGUCUUCAGGUGCAGCUGGGGAAAGGCUGGGUUCUAGGUGCUGUUCUCGGAACAGCUACUGCAGCAUUCCCUUAGGAUUACAAGUACUGGGGGGCUUCCCUGUGCCUGUCCCCUUGCAGAACUGCAGUCGUUAGCUGCAGCCUCUCUGCUGGGUCUAAUGAGGUGCUGAGAGGGGCUGUGGAGAAGAGACAGGUCCUGCCAAAGCUGCCUUUGGAUAGAGAAAGAAGUGGUGGCCACUGUUUGGAAAAGCUGAGGGCCAGAGCAAGGCCGUGGUCGUUAUUUUAACCUCCUGACUUCAAAGACAGCUUGCUGGUAAGGGAAGGGGGGAGGAGGCAGGGAACCAUCUCUACAGAAGAGCAUUUCAUUUCCUUCAGAGAAGUAGACAUUCCUGGCUGGUAAUGGGGAGUAGCUCUGAAUCACAGCGCUUGUAUCAGACUGCUGUGAACUACUGGCCUGGCGCCUCAGGGCCAUUCCUCAACAGGAAGCUGAAUGUUUUCAUGUAAGACUGAGAGGAAAACCUUCCCAGGAAGAGCAACCUGGACCAAACCUUUGAAAAUCCGGGAUGAAAAGGCACAAAAUAAAUAUAAAGCUGCAGGGUGCUCUCCCCAGUGUUCCUCUGCUGUUUGCUUGGCCUCUCUUCUGUGCUCCUUGGAAAGGUAGAGCCCUUUGCAGUGCUUUGAUCCACAUGUGUUAUGGAGCACUGUGCUACUUUAUAACACGGAAAAAAAGGAGCAGGAAGCUCAAAAGCCUUUUUUUCAGUUGGGACUUGGGCUGGUUUUAUGAGGAAAUAGGAACUGAAUUAGUCAAUACAGACCACCUCUGUUGAAACCACUGCUUUGCCAGUGGACUUUCAGCUGGGGCUGUUUAAGAGCCCACAGUGGCUUUAAAUCUCCUUUAGUGGCUACCAGCAGCAGGUGAAAAUUCUUCAUUAUGUACCAGGGAUGGUGGUAUUUAGGGGAUGGGAGAGCACCCUUCAAAUUAAAGCUAUACAGAACAGUCUGGUAGAGAUUUAUGCUUGUUCUCUCUGGGUUACUUAGCUGGCAGCUAAACUUCAGUGUCCUCAACAUUCCACUACAACAAUGUCAUGUGGGUGGCCUCUGAUGAGGAGUCAACUUGUUUAGUAAGAUUUUUUGGGGCCUCAGUGUGCACUCACUAAAAACAAAGCAUCCAAAAAUCAGUUUUUCUGCAUAUGCUGUGUAAUUCCAUUUUUGGGAGCUGUGCUUAACCAGUACAGGCAGAAUGUCUCGCGCUGCAAUGGCU